AUGCCCGAGGCAGGCAACGACCUCAAGCCUCCCAAGCCUCGACGUCCGCCCCCCAAGGACGACAAUAUUUUUUCCCGUCAAGUCCGUUUCGACGAUUCCAACCCCAAGACAAGGCCGGGGUCAGCUGCCAACAGCAACGUCAACAACCCGGACCAAGCCCCCAAGAACACGCAGCCCGACUCCCACCCGCAGGUCGGUCAACCGGCUCUGCCAAACCUCAACCGUCCGCCUUCUGGCCAGUGGUACACAGCUGCCGACCCGACGCGCAGUGUAAAUCUAGCCGGGUCCCAGCAGGUCUAUGCAUCUUUCCCCCAUCAAAACCCUCACGUCCAAUUCCAACCGCAAGCUGUUGCCCAGGGCCUGCCGUACCGUCCUCCCCCCAACAUGGGCGACUAUCAGAAUUGCGUGCCUCCCCCUACGGGAGUGAACUUCCAGCCUCCAGCGCCGGAUACCACGUUUGGGCCGAUGCCGCACCUUUACGUGCCUAGGUUUGAUGCUGGGCCGGUAUACGGCGGCGGCGUUGUUCAUCAACCAGUGUCAGCCGCCCCUCAAAGCUACGUCGUCCAGCCCGGCAUGGUGCCCAUGGCCCAGCAGCCUGUCAUGGUCAACGCUCAGGCGUACGUCCACAUGUGUGCCCCGGGCAUACCAGCUCAGCCCGUCAUGAGUAGCGCCAACCUCCCAGCGCCCAUGAUGGCGGCGGCGGCGGCGGCUCCCGGAGCAUGCGCUCACAUGCCCAUCAUCCCAGGUAAUCCCCCUCCUCCUACUUGCGCGACCAUGCCCGAGGUGUCUGGCAUGGGCCGUACACCCAACGAGGAAAUGCUCCGCCAGGUUGAGUUUGCCUACAGCAACCGCUUGUUCGAGCCGCAGGAUUUUAAGCCUGCUGAUGAUGACCCUUCUCGUUUUUACUAUGUUCGUGAGGUUGACGGGAACUGGACCCAGCGCAAUCGUUUUACUAUUGAUCAUAUGGGUGAUUGCAGGUGGUAUGUCACUGAUGAAGGGUGGUUCUACGCAGUGAGGUUGCCGGAUUAG